GUUGACACUAUAAAAGCGACAAAAUAUUUAUAAAAGUUGUUAAUAUAUUACUGGUAAAAUAUUUAUUCACUGUAUGAAAAAAACAAACUAUUUCCUUUGAAAGUAAUGACGUAAUUAAUCACAUGACCGUCAGUGAUGAAGAAGUAGAACUUAACAGCAAUUCCAUCACUGAUGUACUGAGAGUGUAAAUGUCAGUUUUAAUUCUUCCACAGAACGUCUAGCGAAGCUCUAUUUCUAAACUGCAAUUACUGACGUGUUAGAAUCUUGGGAAAUAUAGACGGCAGCUAUUUACAGAAGCUACGAAACAUAAAUCUUCCACCAGCAAGUUGCUUGUACACUCAUUUACAUACUCCUUCUUGAAUUUCUUUUUAGACAAACGGGACUUUAAAAAAAAAGCGUAUGAAAGAGAAAUAAAAACAAACAAACAAAUAAACAGUGGCACCUGUAUGAAUCUAGAAACAGCUGGAGAGAUCACUGUGGACACCUUUACCCUAUUACCAUUCUUAAUGCGACAGGUCUUCCUUUAUACACUCUGAACCUUAUAACAUUGAUACCUCAGGUUCCUUUGUAUGGAGGACCCCAAACCAUGCUAUUGGUAACUGAAUCUGCUGUAUUUGAUCAGUAUUUAAAUGCUCAGUGGCUCUAUUGAAAAUCUAACAGUAUGGGUGAGGCAUCUGCAGGCAGUUGCAGUCCACAGUACUGUCAACUUCAGGUCACAGUCCAAUCAGCCAGGUUAACUGCAGUAGGUUUAUUCAAACCUGAUCCGUAUCUGGAGCUCAGUGUUGAUAGCAUGUCACCAAAAAAAACAGAAGUAUGUCGAAAAUCUACAAAUCCAGAAUGGAACGAACAUUUCACUGUGUUAGUGACACCUUAUUCUAAGUUAGAUUUCCGUGUCUUAAACCAGAACCACAUCCGAGCUAAUUCCUUAUUAGGGGAAGUUACACUUGAUUUGUACCCACUUUUGAAAGAAUAUCAUGGAAAAUUUAAUUCUCAUUCAAAAAAGUUGGAUUUGAAACACAAUGGGAAAGGUAAAAUUGGAGAUUUGUCUAUUGUGCUAAAUGGAAUGGAUGUUAAAAUGGAACAUCUUCCUCCGAAGCGACACAGUGCAGCCAUCAAUGGUCAUCCUAGUGUGCCAAAUGGAACUUCUGGUGCUUUAAUGUUUUCUUCAGCUUCCGAGGGCCCAAGCUGUUAUCGCAGACCCAGCAUGACUCGAUCGCCAUCCCAGUCCAGUGCCAAUGGCACUCCAACGCGGUCGCAGUCUGCCAACAUCAAUGAUGCAGUUGCCAUGCCAGCUUUGUAUUACCCCCCUAUUCGACGACCUGUUCCUAAAAAUCCCAGGGCCACUUCAUCCUCUUCUUGUUGUUCCCACAAUGCUCUAGCACCAAACCCUGCCUCUACAUCCAGCACUUCACAAAAUUCAUCCACACCGUCUGGCAGUAGUAGCGCUGGAGCAUCAACAUCUAGUGGACGAGGUGCUGAAGGAGGGCACUCACCAAAAGGCAUUCAGCUUCAGAACGGUGUGGCUCCAAGUCCAGUGUCUCCGCUUGCAUCGAGUUCGUCUCAUAUGCCUAGUGGUGCAACAGCUGGUGCCGUUGGUGGAUCCACUGGUGGCGCCUCUGCAGGAGUUGCAGCUGUUGCCGUAGCAGCCCAUGUCACAUCUGACGGAGCUUGUGGAACUGUCCCAAAUUAUGCUUCUCAGCAAGCCUCAUCUCAAACUCCUCCUACUCAAGCACAGGUUCAGGCACAAGCACAACAACUGCAGCAGCCUCAGGAUCCUUUACCAAUUGGUUGGCAGAUGAGAUUUGAUCCUCAGGGUCGUGUUUAUUAUGUGGACCACAACACUCGAACUACUACAUGGGAAAGACCUCUUCCACAUGGAUGGGAACGUCGAGUGGACAGCCGUAACCGAGUAUAUUACGUUGACCACAACACUCGCACGACAACAUGGCAGAAACCUAGCAUGGAUAUGGUUCUGAACUGGCAGCAAUGGCAACAAUGGCGAAACAACAGAAGCAUGGAACACCUACAACAGCGGUUUCUUUAUCCACAGAAUCCAAUGCUAGCAUCUGAAACAGAUACACAGGAUGCAUUGCCUCAGGGAUGGGAGAAGAGAGUUGAUGCAAAUGGAAGAGUUUAUUUUGUUAAUCACAAAAAUCGAACAACUCAAUGGGAAGACCCAAGGACACAAGGCAGAACCCUUCAAGAAGAUCCGCUACCUGAAGGCUGGGAGAUGCGUUACACAACUGAAAAUGUCCGUUACUUUGUGGAUCACAACACUAGGACUACGACAUUCCAAGAUCCUCGAGGAGGUCCUUGCAAAGGUCCCAAGGGUCCUUUUGGAGUUCCAAUACAGUACGAGAGGAGUUUCCGUUGGAAAUUGGGUCAGUUCCGUUACUUAUGCCACUCCAAUGCACUUCAAGGUCACGUGAAAAUCACUGUAUCCAGAGAUAAUCUAUUUGAAGAUUCAUUUACUCAAAUAAUGAGAUUAGCUCCAUAUGACUUGAGACGAAGACUAUACAUUAUCUUUAAGGGAGAAGAAGGGUUGGAUUAUGGUGGUGUUGCCAGGGAAUGGUUUUUUCAUCUUUCUCAUGAAGUCCUUAACCCAAUGUACUGCCUUUUUGAAUAUGCAAGCACAAAGAAUUAUAGUCUCCAAAUCAACCCAGCCUCAAGUGUGAAUCCUGAUCAUUUAUUAUAUUUUAAGUUCAUUGGUCGGUUCAUCGCUAUGGCACUGUAUCAUGGCAAGUUUAUUGACAGUGGAUUUACUCUACCAUUUUACAAACGGAUGUUAAAUAAAAAACUCACAAUAAAAGAUAUAGAAACAAUUGAUCAAGAGUUCCACAAUUCACUCAUGUGGAUCAAAGAAAAUAAUAUUGAAGAAUGUGGUCUUGAGCUUUACUUUUGUGGAGAUUUUGACAUCCUUGGUAAAUUGGAACAGCAUGAAUUGAAACCCAAUGGCGCCGAAUUAAGAGUUUCAGAGGAGAAUAAAGAUGAAUAUAUCAGUCUGAUGACCAACUGGCGGUUCACUCGAGGUGUUGAGGAACAGACCAAAGCUUUCCUUGAUGGGUUUAGUGAAGUGGUACCUUUGCAGUGGCUUCAGUAUUUUGAUGAGAGAGAAUUAGAGCUGAUGUUGUGUGGGAUGCAAGAAAUUGAUGUUGAUGAUUGGGAGAAGAACACAAUUUACAGACACUAUCAAAAGACAAGCAAACAGAUUGUAUGGUUCUGGAAGUUUGUGCGUGAUCUUGAUAAUGAAAAGCGGACACGAUUGUUGCAGUUUGUGACUGGUACCUGCCGAUUACCUGUUGGUGGUUUUUCUGAAUUAAUGGGGAGCAAUGGACCACAGAGGUUUUGUAUUGAAAAAGUUGGCAAAGAGACUUGGUUACCACGCAGUCAUACAUGCUUCAACCGACUUGAUCUACCACCAUACAAAAGCUAUGAACAACUGACAGAAAAACUGACUUAUGCUAUAGAAGAGACAGAAGGAUUUGGUCAAGAAUAGACCAUUCCUUUAUGUCUUGACUCCUGAUUUUUCCCCCCACUUACCCCACUUCAAGGAUGCAGAUUUAAGUUGAUAGAAUCAAAAAUAUUUUGCCCAAACAGUUGUUUGAAAGCUUAUACCCUUAAUAAUUGCAGCCCAAUAAAAAUGUUAUAUAAUUACACAUACAUACAUAUACAUAUUUGUUUGUGUAUCUGUGUGUAUGUGUGAGUGUGUGUGUGUUUAUGAAUGCUAUAUAUGUAAACAUCUAGGUUGGGGGGUGGUUAGGCCACCAAGAAGAGAAAAACUUAAAAGUAUUUGGUCUGAAUAUCACUAUAUUUUGUCUUUGUGUGUGUGUAUCUAUCUAUUUAUCUAUCUAUCUAUCUAUCUAUCUAUCUAUCUAUAUGUUUAUACAUAUAUCUCUGUAUAUUUGUGCAUAUAUGUAUGUUUUGCAUAUAUGUAUAUUAUGUAUAUAAAUAUGUGUAUAUAUCAAUGUAUGUAUGUAUAUAUAUGCCUGGGAAAAGCACCACUGAUGCUAUAUUUCUGGUAAGACAGCUUCAAGAGAAAUACCUAGCCAAGGAUAAACCUCUGUAUCUGGCUUUCGUUGACAUGGAGAAAGCCUUUGACAUGGUCCCCCGAUCCCUCAUCUGGUGGUCAAUGAGGAAACUAGGGAUAGAAGAAUGGUUAGUGAGAGCUGUGCGAGCCAUGUACAGAGGCGCUGUCAGUAAGGUGAGGGUUGGCAAUGAGUACACUGAAGAAUUCCGGGUAGAGGAAGACCUCAUCCCAGGUCUUCCUGGGCCUACCUCUUCCACAGGUUCCCUCAACUGCUAGGGUGUGGCACUUUUUCACACAGCUAUCCUCAUCCACUCUCGCCACAUGACCAUACCAGCGCAAUCCGAGCGAGAUCGUUGCCAGUGCCGCUGGACUGGCUCCUGUGCAGGUGGCAUGUAAAAUACACCAUUUUGAGCGUGGCCAUUGCCAGUACCGCCUGACAGGAUUUUGUGCUGGUGGCACGUAAAAGCAUCCACUACACUCUCGGAGUGGUUGGCGUUAGGAAGGGCAUCCAGCUGUAGAAACUCUGCCAUACCAGAUUGGAGCCUGAUGUGGCCAUCUGGUUCACCAGUCCUCAGUCAAAACGUCCAACCCAUGCUAGCAUGGAAAGCGGACGUUAAACGAUGAUGAUAUAUAUAUAUAUAUAUAUGUAUAUGUAUAUAUAUAUAUAUAUAUACAUACACACACACACACACCAUAGCGGUUAACAGUUUAUAGGAAUGGCCAGGCCACGUCAUCAUCAUCAUCAUCGUCGUCUAACGUCCGCUUUCCAUGCUAGCAUGGGUUGGACGAUUUGACUGAGGACUGGUGAAACCAGAUGGCUACAUCAGGCUCAAAGAAUUCAAGGGGUUAUGUUUUAGUGUCAAAACCUUUGAUUUAAAGCAAUGGGCCUGACAAAAUAUAUAUUCUGUAUUACCUGGAGGCUUGCCAGAGCUCUCUCUCUCUCUCUCUGUGUCUCUCUGAUGCAACUUUGGUUAAAACCAGGUGUGUAUUUUGUUAGGUUAGAAUUUGCAUAUGUGUGCUAAUGUAUGUAAAAUCGUAUAAUGUAUAUAUUCUAAAAGUAUAUAUAUGUAAGUAUUAUCUGAUUAAUACUAAAUUCAUUGGCUAAGGGAACAGAUGUGUUUAUCAUAUCAAGAAAUGGUGGUCGUUUCUGAUCAGCCAGGCAUCUGAAGUGGACUGUUAAUUUUUGAUAUAGCAGACAUAUCUUAUAAAUAUAUAUAUAGAUGUGUAUGUAUAUAAUGAUAUGUGUAUAUGUAUAUAUACAUGUGAGAGUUAGUGUACAUACAUUUAAAGCUGUUUGUGUGUGUGCAUACACAUAUAUGUACAUACAUACACAUAUUUUUGGUUAGUUAUAUAGCUCUCUAAAUGAUUAAAUGCUUCACCUAAAGAAAUUAAGAUGUGCCCUGUGAAACUCAUUUGUGUGUCUAGCUACCUUGCAUGUGUGCAUAUGUGUGUGUGUGUGUGUGUAUAUAUAUAUAUGUGUA